CUUCCUUGCCUGGCUCAGCCUUGAACUCGAUCCCCUUGUCUUUUGUCCCACUCAGAUAGCGAAGAACCCUCUUUGUUGCCUGCCAAUGCCCAAAACCGGGCUCAUGAGCAUAUCGUGCAAGCUCCUUGACCACAUAGGCGAUGUCCGGGCGGCACGUGACUGAGCAGAACAUCAAUGCGCCAACGAGUUGCCGAUAGGGGACCUUCUUCAUCUUCGUCUUCUCUUCGUCCGUCUUCGGUGACAUCUCAGAGGUCAGUUGAAUACCGGACGCACAAGGGAAAUCCACUGGGUUCGCAUUCUCCAUGCUGAAUCUCUUGAGCGUCUUGUCGAUGUACUGUGGCUGUGUGAUUUGCAGGGUCCUUUCUUGACGAUCGCGGACGAUCUUAAGGCCGAGAAAGACGUCAACCUCGCCCAGGUCCUUUCGGCUGCCGAACGACAU